AUGAGCCAGGCCGUGAAGAGGAUAUCUCCAUUCGCUGGUGUUGCAGCUGGUGGAUUGGUCGCGGGUGCUGCAGGCUUAUGGGCCUGGCGUAGCAAGAGGGACAACGCAGUCAAAGGUGAUGCAACCACAGCACCAGCACCAGCACCAGCACCAGCACCAAGCCCGCCGUUGCAGCGCACCGGGCCUAUGGUGGCCGUCUACCUAGACGAUUCGUCCAUCGAAAAGUUGCAGAUGGAGUACCCAGGCACCAAACCGGGCCGGCUGAGGAAGGUGGUGAUCGAGUACGACCCUUCCGACGAGCAGCGCGGCUUGUACGAACCUCGCUUCGGUGGCUCGGCGACAGUCAAGGUGACUGGCGAGGCUUGUAGCGACAAUCGCCUCGCUCUCGUGGCUUCGGUGUCGAGUGCCGGCACCUCUGUGGAGCCGCCGUCACUCUCAUGCGCCGUGGAUGUAACUCCCGGGGAUGUGGGUGGGGGUCCCCUGGGCAGCACCGUCCUCAUCGAGCAGAUCAAGCGGGUCGGGGCACUAGCCGAGGAUUCGUGGAAAGGGUUACUUCCCCCUCUCUCAGCCCACGAGAGGGACUUCCCUAGCGAAGAGGGCAGCUACAACAAACUCGACGAGCCCCUCACCCUCACGGGUUCCAUCUGCCGGGCGGAUUGGGUCGAACCCAUGACCGGUGUUUGCCGAACCACGACUGCAGGAGGGGGGAAGCGCGAGGACGGGUGGACCCCGCAAGCCUGCAGCAUCUGCAACACGCUGGAGUCCAGCCCGUGCCGGGAUAUUCACAAGAAGUUUGAUGCCGUAAGUACCAGAAUUUACGAGCUGCAACCGACUUCCGAGACCUCCUCCGAUGGCAGCAAACCUCCAGGAACUUCUUCUGGAAGCUCUUCCGCCAAGGACGAUGAGCGAGGCCUUGCAGAGGCACCGGGAGGCGGCGGUGGGGACGACAAGCAGACGGAGGCAACCGAGGUUGUGGCUGGAAGCGAUCGAGGAGCGGGACGGUCUGGUACAGACAUAGCCUCUGAAGGCAGUGCCGGUCCGGCCGUAGGGGGCGGCGAUGAAAAUGCGCUUUCCGGUAGACAUGGGGGACACAGCCCCAGCCGAAAGGGCGAGGUUGGCGAGAAGGAGAGCGUGGCGGGGGGAAGCGGAGAGCCCGAGACCGAAGAGGAGAGGCUACGACGGGAGGAGCUGGAGGUGCUGGAGGACAAGAGGAUGGUUGUGAUGGUGGAGAUGUUCAGGUGCUCCAAGUUCCACCAUGUCCUGGAGGACUCUUACGCGGACGAUGGUUUGGUGCCGGGUAUGUUGGGAGAUGAUGAGGAGGGUGAGGAAGGCGAUGCGGCGCCUGGUGGUGCGAGCGCUUCCGAAAGUGGCGGGGCUGUGAAGGUCGAGGAAGGAGAGGCGAAAUAAGAGAUGGGGCAAGCUGGAUAGGGUGUGGUCGCUAUAAUAGUAGUCGAGCACCCAAGAGUCAUACAAGGAAGGGCCCAGAAAUAGGAGGACGGUAUAUCCACGGGCAGAACUCCUUGUAGCCGCUACGGUAGUAUUAGUAUCCAUGCAUGGGGCUGGCUGUGGGGAUUUGCACGGCUACGGCCGCCCCGAAAGAUUUGUUUGAAAUAGACAGGUGUCAUACCAGUUGUUUUGAUGUUGCCACUUUGUUGUUGCGUAUAUCGUGGGAAAGAAUAAUGAGGGUCAUUACGUGCCGACGGGGGCAUGUGCACGAACG